UUGACAGUUUUAAAUAAGUGGCAAGAGGUUCGAACAAAACAUUCCCUUCCCCCCACGAGCAGUAGUUUUCCUCGAUUCCAAGAGAGAUUGACUUCUAGUGCACCGGGCACCUGAUGACUUCCCUCUCUCCUCUUUGUCUGCUUAUAUGGUGUUUUUUGGGACGUGAUGAGUUACUCACAGGACGAAAUGUCUAAAGUGCAUCUGCGUGAUCCGGAUUGCUAAUGACGGUACAAACCCCCGUCAGCAGUCAAACGCAUCCAAAUGUCAUGCCUUCCAAAGGCAACAAACGUUUCGUGAUAUUUUUCUGCCGACAAAGUGAAUCCGUUUGAUAUUGGAUGAACUCCGCACAACACCAGAGGAGGUAUAUUGGCGUGACUCAUACGUGCGUAGUAACUGAUAAAUAGGCGAUUCAAGCUUUUGAAAACAGUAAAUGUAACGUACUUCAACAAAAUGGUCACGACGGAUGGAAAUCUUGCAAUCUAUUUAUAUUCAGACGACGUUUUCCUGGGAAUGUUAUAAGCGCACAUAACGUUGUAUGGCUCUGUGGUUUUAAAUUGGUUCUGAAAUAGUUUGUCGGACUCUACCGCCUACAGAUACACCUGUGUCUGCUCGCCGGCACGCGAACUGUAUAUUUUCAUCACAGAUGAAAUAGGAGUCCCUAUACAGUACUAUCGCGUGAGGAAUACGGAUCUCCGUCUUAGGGCUGAUGGCGACGUCGGCUCCUUCAUCCUCCAGCGACGACCCUGAUCCCAGCUCCACUAAUUUGCGGCCACCGCUCUCAGCCUAUGACUCCUGGUGCGGUGUUGCACACGGAUGUACAAGAAAACUGGGACUGAAGAUUUGUGGGUUCUUACAGAAGAACAACAGUUACGAAGAGAAGAGCAGGAUUGGCGGUUCCUUGAAGGACCGCCAACCUAAGACUCUCUUCCCUUGGGAAAACAGCGAUUCACAGUUAAGACGGACGGAGACCGAUUUCUCCAAUCUUUUUGCUAGAGAUCUAUUACCAGCCAAAAAUGGAGAGGAGCCAACCAUGCAGUUCUUGCUGGAAGUUGUUGACAUCCUCACGAGCUACAUCCACAAGACAUUCGAUAGAACCACAAAAGUCCUGGAUUUCCACCACCCUCACCAGCUCCUUGAGGGUAUGGAGGGCUUCAAUCUGGAACUUUCGGACCAGCCGGAGUCUCUGGAGCAGAUCCUGGUCGACUGUAGGGACACACUCAAGUACGGAGUGAGGACAGGUCACCCAAGGUUUUUUAACCAGCUCUCAUCUGGCCUGGAUAUAAUCGGUUUGGCAGGAGAGUGGCUCACCUCCACUGCAAACACCAACAUGUUCACCUAUGAGAUUGCUCCAGUCUUCGUGCUCAUGGAACAACUGACGCUGAGAAAGAUGAGGGAGAUCGUCGGAUGGCCAGGUGGAGAAGGGGAUGGAAUAUUCUCACCAGGUGGAGCAAUAUCCAACAUGUACAGUGUGAUGGUGGCACGCUAUAAAUACUACCCAGAGGUCAAAACCAAAGGCAUGUCUGCAGCGCCCAAACUGAUCCUCUUCACUUCAGAACAUAGCCACUACUCCAUAAAGAAAGCCGGAGCCGCCCUGGGCUUCGGAGUAGAAAACGUGAUCCUGCUGAAAUCUGAUGAGAGAGGGCGGGUAAUUCCUGCAGAUCUGGAGGCCAAGAUCAUCGCAGCCAAGCAGAAGGGACACGUUCCUCUGUUCGUGAACGCCACAGCAGGCACCACCGUGUACGGCGCCUUUGACCCCAUCAACGAAAUAGCAGAUCUCUGUGAGAAGUACAACAUGUGGCUCCAUGUGGACGGCGCCUGGGGGGGCAGCUUGCUGAUGUCCAGGAAGCACCGGCACAAGCUGAGCGGCGUUGAAAGGGCCAACUCGGUCACCUGGAACCCGCAUAAGAUGAUGGGCGUGCCACUGCAGUGCUCCGCCAUCCUGGUGCGAGAAAAGGGGCUGCUCGAGGGCUGCAACCAGAUGUGCGCCGGCUACCUGUUCCAGCAGGACAAGCAGUACGACGUCACCUACGACACGGGGGACAAGGCCAUCCAGUGCGGCCGACAUGUCGACAUAUUCAAGUUCUGGCUGAUGUGGAGGGCUAAGGGGACGAUCGGCUUUGAGCAGCACAUCAACAAGUGUCUGGAGCUCGCUGAGCAUCUCUACAACAAAAUCAAAGACCGGGAGGGAUAUGAGAUGGUGUUCCAGGGAGAGCCUCAGCAUACAAACGUCUGCUUCUGGUACAUCCCAGUGAGCCUGAGGGGCAUGCCAGACUGCGAGGAACGGCGCGAGAGGUUGCACAAGGUGGCGCCGAAAAUCAAAGCCCUUAUGAUGGAGUGUGGGACCACCAUGGUGGGCUACCAGCCGCAGGCAGAUAAAGUGAACUUCUUCCGCAUGGUUGUCUCCAACCCCGCCGCCACAAAGUCAGACAUCGACUUUAUGAUCGAGGAGAUCGAGAGGUUGGGCCAGGAUUUGUAGGGCCCACCUUUAGCCAAUGAGAACGUGACCAGCGCUUCAGGGACGUUAAGAUGCCUGGUCGCCCCUUAUCAUGUUGAGGUCCGGGUUCUCCUGUGGGAUUUUUAAAUCGUGGUCGGUACGGUACGGUAGGUCCUUCUUGGUGGUGGUGAUGCUCCGAAAUCCCACCAGCUCUUGUUGCAGUCUGUUAUGUCCUAUAGCUGUGAUAUUCCGUUAUACAUCACAUAUCAGGGUCAAUGAUCCCACUCAGUCUUGGAGCCACGCGGCUCACUGAGAGAUCCCAAAUGAUCCCCUAAGCUUCUUUGAUGUAAGUAUACUCCAGAAAUGCCAUGAUGUACUAUAGAAAUAUAUGACCACUCUAUAUAUGUUAAUUGCUCUAUAUUGUCCAUCCAUGCUUUCCGUUGAAGCUGUAAUUCCUAAGCCUGACCUGCAAACACUCUUUCCAACCUGAUCUUCCCACCCAGUGUGAAAUAACCGAGAAAUUGUGGGACACAGUAUUUCCAUCACAUUUAUGUACUCUAUAGCUGUUUAUUAGGCAGAAUGGACUUUGUGCAGACCGUGUAUAGUACUGUAACAUUACCUGUGUGGACAGACUUAGACGCCAUAGUUUUACCUUAAAAUUCAUUCAUACAAUUGUAAUAUCAAUGAUGUAGGUAUAUGAAGAAAUGGCUUUGUUUAUAUUAAGAAAUGAUCAGUGUCGAACGGCUGUAGCAUUUUCGCCCGUUAGUAAUGUAUCUUAAUUUAUAUUGUAAAGCAACUUGAGAGGUUUAAGUAAAUAUAAAGCAUUUAUCUGUAUUUGUGAGCCAAAGAAAGAGAAAAACACUUAAGUAUCCUGCCCUUAGAGUUAUAUACAUAUAUGCAUAUCAGUGAAUACUCCAAAAACCCUUAUAUAACAUAAUUAUAUAUAACAUCACUUUGACACCUUACACCUUAGAGAAAUUCCUGUGUGGAUUGUUUGUGAUGCGUCUCUGUAAUAUUGCGCUGACAGAAUGUUCCAGAGUCACCCAUCAGCCUAGCUGGUAGUUGAAGUAGGUAAUUUGGCACCAGCAGUCCCAGUGUGCCCAGGAUUUCAUGUAGCGCGAAGCACAAUGCUAAUGCUAAUGGAGAAUCUUAACCCAGAGUGGUGGGAGGAUUGUGUACUGAUUAUAUACGAUAUAUAUAAUUUAAUAUUUCGAAUUUUUAUUAGGUGAGCAAUUCCAUGAAAGUGUGAUCAAGUAAUUCAGCACUUCAGUCGUGCCAUAUGCAUUACAUUUUUCUGAUUUAUGUUGAUUUUAAACAAUACAGGAAUGACGACCUCCUUUAACAUUGUUUAGACGAAGCCGGUGACCUGUGUCAGUUUUUGAGAGCAGAGAUCUCUGUUCUUUGAAUGCAAUCGCAAACAUAAGGUUGGCACUUUAAACUUCAAUCAUGCCAUUGCAAAACAUUGUCCUAUUCACAGUACUAAUAAAAUCUCCAUAUGAACAUCGGAUGGCUUUGUGUAUUGCUGUAGUCACGGUUGCGUCAGCCUUCUGGUUAAGUAACUUCUAGAAAAUACACUAGCUUGACAAAGGACAGCAACCACCCGACCCCAUAGCCAUAAAUACCAAGAAACCAGAUCUCAGGAUUCAAACGCACAGCCCUUCCGUGAGAAUUAUCUGUGUACCAGACAUAUAUUCUUUAGAUGAAUCUGUCAAACUAGUCCUCCCAUAUCUGCAUUUUCAGUAACUGCGGUUUCAGUUACCCACGGUUUACCACGGUCUGAAAAAAAAUUGUACACCGUAUAAUGGUUAUGUUUUUUCAUUGUUCAUUCAUCCUUUGAGGGUUAUAAAAAUCAUGAUUUUCAUUGCUCUGUCAUCCCUUGAUACAUAAUAUUUUUUCAUUGCUCUAUCGUCUCUUGAGAAUUUAUUACUGUAUAAUAAUGUACAAUUUUAUAGAUUCUUACUGUAUUUAAUGUUGAGAUUGACUUACUGUGCAUACCUUAUCAAUUACAAUAUGUAUGUUCACAAAAAUCGGGUUAUAUACGGGAUCCACAGAUCCGCUGUAACUCUUGGAACGUACUUCCUUAGGCUAUGGUGACACUACUGUAUUUCACAUUUCGUCUUCGUUUUAUAUAUGCCCAUGCAUUCUUUAUAUUCAGUACCACUGGCUGCAAGAUUUGUGUUUGUUAACCUUAGCAUAACACUGCAGCUUAUCGGAUGGCUCAGGAAUCUGUAUUGUAAUAUUUGGUCAGACACAGGGGUCCUUGUGCAGCUCAAGCCUGCUCUUCAGGACCCACAGCUGUCUAGGAAUAUGCUAGAUGGAUAUUAUCAUGGUACAGAGGCUUGUUUGAAGGAGGUACACGUAACUUUACUCAAAACAUAAUGAGAUGAGUACCGGCCAUGUUUCAGUUGUACUGCUUCUGUCGUUACCAUGAUAAUAGCCACUAAAAACCAAAAAUAUUCUUAGAAUUUCUUUUGAAAAUAAAAGACGACAAGAGUACCUGA